CACGAAUCUCUCCCCUCGAAAAUCCCACGAUCAAGGAUUGAAACAAGUCAAGAUGAGGACACUUUUAUUGCUUGGGGGCAUGACACCAGAUGUCACCGCCCUCUACUAUAACAUCAUCAACAAAGUUGUUAGACUCAAACUCGGUGAUCGAGCAUCAGCCCCAUUAUAUCUGUACAGCGCCAACCUCGAAGAGAUGAUUCAACACGCCAUGAAGGGAGACUGGAACGAGUUCGCAAACGUUUAUAAGAAACCCAUCAGAUCGCUGAGUGAUAGGGUGGAUGGCAUCGCGAUCUGUGCUAUUCUUGCACACAAGGUCGCCAAAAAGCUAUUUGAUGACUCCUCAUCGGCUCAUGUCCCACUGUUUCACAUCGCGGACUGUCUCGCACUCCACAUUACCAACAAUCAUCCAUCAACUAAGAAGCUUGGUCUCCUUGGCCCAAAGAUCUCGAUGCUCGAUUCCGAUGAUCCAGAUUUCUUUGUGGCCAUGUUACAAAAGGCUGGCUUUGAGAUCCUGAUCCCGGAAACACCAACAGAUAUUGAGGAGGUCAACAGAGGCAUGCUUCAUGAAGUAGCGAAGGGCGUUACUUCUGUGACAGACUCAACAAGAAAGAUGUUCAUUCAACAAGCGAAAAAUCUGAUUGAAAGAGGAGCUCAAGGGUCUGAUAGCACCCUCUCACGUACAGCCUGUGAGAGAUGUCGCAGACAGAAGCUUCGCUGCAGUCGUCAACGUCCAACCUGCACGCGAUGCAGCCGCUUCUCAGUCACCUGCAGCUAUCCUGAAUUAGCUGAUCGCAGACGUCUCGCAGCCCAUCGCGAAUCCGUGCGGGCCGAACAGUCCCGUCCUGAAGCCGCCCCAGUGACUCCGGAGUCGACAGAGCUCAAUGUUGGCACAGUCAGAAGUCCAUCAGAGGCUCCAAGAAUCAGCAGCAUCGGCUUUGUUGAUGUUGGCCCAUCACGAACAGAACAUGUAGCCCCAGGCUCUGCUGGCACCAACCUGGACGAUUUACCGCCACGGGCCAUAGGGCUCGCGCUGUUGGAUAUUUACUUUGAACGGUUAUACAAUGCUACCUUGCUUUUUAAUCGCACUCAGCUAUUUGAGUCUUACUUAGAUGGCAGUCUACCUCCAUAUCUAUUGAGGAGCAUAUUUGCACUGUCAUCAUUGUUCCUUCGUAAACCACGGCAUCAGCCACCUAGGCUAGGUACUCAUGCGGUGUCUCCAGAGCUUGCAGCAUUUGCUACGUAUGCCAACUAUGGGGAUGCCUGGGUUGAGGCAGCAAGACGCGAGGCUUGGCUUCUCACAGAUAGACCGACAGUUCAAGUAGUUCAAGCUCUUUCAUGUCUCAACUUGUACUGGUUUGCGACAAGAGAUCUAGACCGAGCUCGGAUCAACGCUGUUAUGGCCUAUGCAUCGGCCACUACAUUUCGUUCCCUUAACCUCUCAGACAACAGAACAAGGACGAAAGACGAGCUGCAGCUUGUAGAAAGAAAGCAUGGCUGUUUUUGGGCAUGCUGGUCAACGAUGUGUAUCUCUUCUUUUCCUGAAGCCUAUGCGAAGAACGCCUGGGAGGAAGCUUGUAAUGUGCCACUUCCUGUUGCAUCAGAUGGCUUUGUUAGUGAUGGGAACGUCGUGCGUCAAUACCACAUGACUGCGGAAUGGAAGCCUGAAGCGCUCAACGAAGAGCCGAAUCCCCCUUCAUCAAUAAUGGCAGAACAUAUGAAGCUCAUGGGGGUUUGGGUUAAAAUACAGCUUAUAAACAGAGACAAGCAGGAAAGUCCAGACGUCACCCACAUACUCCAUUUGUCCAGCUUGGCGAAAGAUAUUUAUCAAUCGAGCCAGUUUCCUCCUUACGUUACAGGUAACGAGGGUACCGGUCGUGAUAUUGCACGGCUGCUGGGACUGCACUCAUUAUACCAUCUUUGCCAAAUAGUUCUUCUCUGUCCCCUGGUGUCUCUUUUCUCUGGUCGACGGGGCAUCACAGGAGAAGGGACUCAGAACCACGCACAAACAAUUACCAAGCAUGCCAUUCACCACGGGCAUCUGAUUCGGGAUUAUAUUGCUAGAAAGCAGGAUAUAUCCAAACUCAGUUCUCAUGUCGGCUUUGCUAGCUUCGUGUCGACCUCAAUCAUCCUCACCCUCUUGAGGUCCAGGGCUCGCCGGCAUCGUGAUGAUGAAAAUACACGGGACCAUGUGUCACACGCACUUGUGACACUGAUUCAGGAUAGUAUUGAUAUACUCAGUAUUCUCCAGACUUUCUGGGAGCACCUAGAGCCAAUGACUAGGAGCUUGCAGCGGGCUGCUGACCAAAUACUAGGACCGUUCGACCGCGUCGGGCAUAGCGUUAUAGGAACUGAAUCCAGGACUAUCGAAGUCCCAAUGACAGGAGUCAAUAGUCCAGCACGGGAGGAAGAUGUCAUCACGACCACGUAUAUCGAGUCUCCAGAGUAUCCGAAUGCCCAUCAUUCAGCGAGCUCCUACACGAAUGCCCAUUUUGGCGUUACAGAUAGUGCCGGGGGAUAUAUGACUCAGAACUUGGAUGAGACUCCUGAUUGGCAUCAUAAUAAUUUGUUUGAAUGGUGUCAGACAGAAGGACUCCUGGAUAUUGGUGAUGAUUUCUUGGACAUUGGCGCUUCGGUUGAUUGGAACAUGGACUUGGAUCUGUUAACGGGUUUCUCUUCACAAAUGGCAUGA